AUGGACGCUGUCUACCAUAUGUGUGAUGGCCAGAAGAAUGCCAUUACUCCCACACACUCCGUCAUUACCGCUUCCCUAAUUCUUCCAACUGUCAGCGGAGAGUUCGUUCAGUUCCCUCCGGUUACAACAACUACUACAUCAGAGUCGACUUCGACCACUUCCCGUCAGACCUUGCCAACGACCUUGAUCACCGAGACGAAACCGUCUCCCACCAGUUGGUCAUCUUCUGGACGCAGCUCUGGGAAGACUUCGUCGACAUCUUCCGAGUCAAGCUCAAGCUCGAGUUCAGUCUCAGGCUCAUCCUCAGCCACAUCCUCUGAGACCUCAACGACCCAGGCUUCUUCGACUGCCUCGUCAACUGAAACCAACUCUGUUUCUACAACAUCGUCCACUGGUGCUGCGGUGCCACCAACCGGGACUGGCACAUCUGACGAUGCAGGAGCUGGCGGUGGCUCUCCUUCUCUCACCAAAGCGCAAAUCGCCGGCAUCUCCGUUGGUGCCGCUGUUGCCGCAAGUUUCGUCAUUGGCGCCGUGGUGUUGAUUAGGCGGCGAGACCGUGCAGAAACACCUCCUCCUGAGCACUUCCACAAUGACCAGGACCACCACAGAAGGAUGAGCACAUUUGCCUAUCUGAGCGGCGGGAAUGGCGGUUACGAUGUCGAUGACCGUCGCUGGGAUCCCAAUCCACCCCGCCCAUCGCCCGGCAUGAGCCAGAUUCCUCACCCUCCUCCUUUCCGUCACCACCAUGAUACCCGACCCAAUUUCCUAUCAGCAGGGAGGGGAACAAGAACUCCUCCUCCUCCGGGUCACGAAAUUAGAAAAGUGGAAAGCUCCGAAUCUGCAUUUUCCUCCCCAAGGUCAAGGCGCAUGUCAAAACUGCUCCCUGCGAAACCUUCGAUGGCCCCGUUUCUGGCCCCUUCUUAUACCUCGCCCAGCCAGCUCGAAGCAGGUCAGGCAUAUCAACCUACCUCUAAUCUCGCUCCCGCUGCGAGCCAACCACAGCAACCACAUCCUGCGGACAGUGGCUUGGUCUCUCCCCUGGAGCCCCAAAAUAGGUCCCAGUUUCCUAUUCCACUGAGAAUCCAGAUUCCAAGUGAGCAGGAAGCAGAGCAAACCGCACCUGAUGCGCGGAACAGCAAUAUCACACAGUUUGAGGAAGAUGCGAAUCCGGCGCAGGAUGAUGUAUUACAGUUCUGGAAACAUCCCUCUGGCGGGGCUAGAUCAGAUGCGCCCAUCUAUGUACGGGACAAGAGCGGAAACUGGGUUCUUGCUGAAUCCGAGCUGGGCGCUGCCCUUAGUCCUCGCGAGCCCAAAUCUGCACGCUCCUUGUCAUCCAGCACCGGCAGGCCAUUGUCAACAAGCAGUAGAACCGGUCUUGCUAUCUCGAUAGGAACCAGGUCGCACCAGCAGCCGCCAGUUCCAACGGUCACCAAGUCUACCCAGUCCCAGAACGUCACUAGGAUCCCCCCUCCAAAGGAUCGAAACUACUCCAACCCGCACCAGAUCCCCGAGCCUCUCUUCUCGCGCCCCGGGCCGUCCACCGCAAACCCGGCCUUCCGUGUCCGCACCGAUCAGGGAUCAUACUCACACCGGGGCUCCUUCAACGCCUUCGAGACAUCCUCGGGCAGCGGCGCCAGCUCCUCGGGCGAGUCCAAGCCGCCGACGCCCCCCGAGAAGUCAUCGGGGCUCUCCCCCGUCUUCGAGUCCCCGUUCUCCAUGAACCCGGGCCAGCCCGUCCAGGCUCGAGAGCGCUCAUCGAGGCUCGCCUCCAACGCCUCCACGGGCAUAGCCCCUCAGCCGAGACGCCCCUCCCUGAACGAUCCCCCAGGCCAACCCAGCCCGACACUGGGUGACAUCUAUCACAACCAGCACCCGCAACCCGUCAUCCAGCAUCCAGCCCAGCAGCGUCCCGCCCAAGUCUCCCACUACACCAACCAACCCCACGGCAUCAAGAGACCGUGGCAGAACCCCGCCAUGCUGCGGACCGGCUCCCCCCAGCAGCAGACGAUGAGGGUGGUCGAGCCCUCCCCCGAGCCCUCCAUCCGCACAAGCCGCUCCCUAACCAAUUCCAAGAGCCAGCGCUCCCUCUCCAACGCAUCCGGGUCCUCCCAGCCGCCACGCUACCUCCCCUCCAACCCAAAGGACAAGGUCACGCCCGGCCCCUCCGCGCCCUACCACCAACCCUUCUUCAGCCAGCAACUCUCCACCUCCCGCUCGUACCGCCAACCUCCCCCGGCAGCAGCAGCGGCGGCGGCAGCAGCAGCAGCAGCAGUACCGUACCCGGGUUUCCCCCCCUCCCGCCAGCACUACUCUUCCCAGCAGCAGCCGCCCUACCCAGCCCGCAACCUCCCCCAGCUCAACACCCAGAUCCCCUCAGCCCACUACGGGCCCCCGAGCGCAGGCCAGGCCCAGGCCCAGGCCCAGGACACCCACUCCCUCUCCCCGGGCGGCUCGUCCCUCCUCGCCAAGCGUCUGGGAACCAACCGCGCCGCCCAGAUGAGCCUGGGGACGGCCGCCCACCGAUCCUCGGUUCAGCAGAGGUGGCACCGCAACGAGCCCAACCCUCCUCAGCAGCCUGCGCCGAGGGAGUCGUCAGCGCCCUCCUUCUCGUCCUGGCUUCCGAGAGUGACCCCAACUCGACGAGGGCACGAUUCGUACCAUCAAAUUCAAUAA